AUGUCGGAUCGCUUGUCGCAUCCUGAAAAGGAGCUAGCCAUCUUCGCAUCCGACGAGACGAUGCAGCAGCACAGUCAGGCUUCAAAGAAAGAGUCUGCAACUUCCUUCCUUCAGCAGACUCCUCUAUUCCGCUUGCGUCUGAUCAACAUCGAUCACGUGCUGUGCGACCCAACACCUUACGACCGAGCCACAUCAGCUUUCAAUCCGCCAGACCAGCCUCUGCUGCGCAAAGUUCCCGUGCUACGCAUCUUUGGUGCCACACCGCAGGGACAAAGAGUGUGCUGUCAUGUCCACGGCGUGUUUCCCUACACGUACAUCGAAUACACUGGCAGUCUUCGACCAGAUUUUGGUAAGCAAGCACAUACGAUCCGCCUUCAUGCAUUCGCAACUCACUUGACGUAUCGCACCCAUGCUCGCAGUCCUAUCCUACAUCUCGCGCCUCGGAAGGAGCCUGAAUGCAUGCAUAUCAGCGUCCCUGCGCAAGCUGUCCACCACUUCUUCCCACAUCGCAUCCAUCCAUUUGGUGCAAGGCGUGCCCUUCUACGGCUACCAUGUCGCUCCGCACUACUUUCUCAAAAUCUCCUUUGUCGACCCCACCCACAACUUUCGCCUCGCCACGAUCCUUCAGAGCGGCAAGGUGCUCGGCACCAAGUUCCAGCCGUACGAGUGCCAUAUUCGGUAUCUGCUUCAAUUCAUGCUCGACUACAAUUUGUACGGUUGCGACUUUGUGGAUCUAGAGCACGUCAAAUUCAGGCUGCCGGUUCCUGGUGAGCGAGUUCGGCGAGCCGGUUCAUGUCUCGGCAUCUCGAUUGAAUUACACUCUAUCCCCAACAACCUUUAGAAUCGGCAGGGGACAAUCUCGGCGCAGAUUUGUGGACGAGCGAGACCAUCGCACCAUCAUUCAUUCAGGACGACAUGUACCACCGCAUCUCAUUCUGCGCGCUCGAGAUCGACACCAAGGCUUCCUCCAUCCUGAACCGACGCCUGCUGAAGGAACGACCGAUCCAUUCAAAGAUACCCGAAACGAGACCUUCCUCCAGUGCGCUUGCGCAAAAGCUAGUACCUUCAUUAACAGAUCUAUGGCAGGAAGAGCAAAAACGACGAAAGAGAAAUGGGCUGCCGCCUAGUAUCCCCGAGCCGGACUCGGUGGGAGAGAAGAGAAAGUACAAAUCAGGCGAAGCUCCUAGAUGGAUGGCGAGCGACAGGUUCGAUGCCUCGUUGAGCGAGAGGCUAGCUGUGGAUGCAAAGAUCAGAGAGGAAAAAGGAUGGGACAGCAAAGUGUACGAAGGCGGCACCUCUUACGAUCGCUACAUUGUCAGUGCCUUCGAUUCUGUCGAACUGUUUCACAGUGAACACGAGUAUGAGUCAGAGCCUACGCAGAUACAGGCUGGACCAGAUCAAGAAUUUGAGGGAUCGAUAGGCCCCCGAAUGUACGAUUUGGAAUUUACUUUAACACAGCGCCGCGCCACACAGCAGCAGGCACGUUCAAAUCCCGCUUCGUCGGUCUCUGGCAGUCCGACCAAACUGAAUUCCGUACCAAGCUCCCAGAGCGCAGAGGGCAACGAUGUCAAUGAUGCAGGUCAAAGCAGCCUAGACGACUUGUUGUCUGCAUCGCAGCACACUUCCACGAGCUUGGAUGAAGAUGUAGAUACCAGCUUCUUCCAGAGCAGCGCGUUCCAAGAGGCGAUGCGAGAGGUGGAGAAGGCAGCAAUUGGUGCCGAGAGGAGCGAAAAUUUAGGAGAUGAACACGAUCCGCUCGACUUGAUGCCCAAGGAGCGCACUCCGGACGCGAGCAGAUCUGCACCCACUACGCCUUCGAGAAGAGGACGCUUUGUACCACGAACGCCCACUUCGCUUCGAAAGACGUCCACUUCCACCCAAUCGACGCCUGCGAAGAGACCCAACGAUGCUUUUGUGACACCUACGAAGACGAAGCAGCACAAGUUGAGCGAAGGCAAAGCGUCUGAAACGUCUGUGACACGAGCACAAGCGCGUUCACCCGAUGCCGUGGAUGAGGCCACGCCAAAAAGGAGCGCCACGGAUCCUAUACAGCCAGGCAGUGGCGCUGACAAGAUGCGCCAGUAUCUUGGGUGCAGCCAGGAAUGGAGGGUCAGGCCGGAUAGCGACCUGAGUCAAAAUAGUCAUAGCCAGCUCUCACAGACGGGCGCUGGACAUGACCAGAGUACUCGGAGGGACCGAAUGAUCAGCAACCAAUCUGAUGGUAGUUUGGCCAUAGAUGCAUCCAGAGGCGUGCGAUUUGCGGACUCGACAAUGGAUCCUGCAGGUCCGAGCGUCUGUGUCUCGCAUCAGCGAAUGGAGUCGUCCAGCUCGACGGGUAAGAAUACUGGAAGCUCAACCUCCGUGACGGAACCGAGCGCAUCGUACGACUCUCUCGCAUCCGCUUCAGAUCGCUCCGUCAAGCCUACGAAAGCUUGGCAGUACGGAGUGCCAGCUCCCCUCACUUCAGAGGUGGUCAACUCUUUCGGGUUCUUUGGAUUACCGACGAUUGACUACCAGGAUCCGUACUACUCUAAUCCUGCCGACGUACCUAAAUCAGCUCGAGAGUACGCAGGAAGGAGCUUCAAAUUCAGCAGCAAGACUGUCAGGUAUCUGCAACCUUUCUUUGCAGCAGCGCCGGAUGAGAGCGACUCCGUUCUGAGCCCUACGAAGGCUGCUCGUGAUAAAAGAGAAGCGCAAAAGGCGGCUCGGCAUGCUCGAGCGCUGAGUAAGCAUCAGUACCAGUGGACGUUCUGCACUUCUCCACCACCUCGACAUCGUGUGCAGGAAUGGUGCGGGAAGCAUCGGCAGUCAUCUGCCGCUCUGCUAGCUGCGCCUACGAAGCGCACCUCCGACUCGGCUCCCCCGCGACAACAGGGCGGGAAAGCUACCCAAGCUGCCGACACCGGAUUCAAGCUCAGUCAGCGAAAGCCCACUGUGCUGGCUGAAGAGAAGCAUUACAUGACCACGUUUGCUAUCGAAGUGCACAUCUGCACUAGAGGCUCGCUCAUGCCCGACCCGCGCAAAGAUCCCAUCUCCGCCAUUGCCUACAGCUACCAAAACGAAGACGAGAAUUUGGAGGACACGGGUAGCAGACCGAACCUGCUCAGCGGACUGAUUCUGUGUACGCCGGACGAGGGCGCCGAAAAUAGCGCUGGUCUGCUCAAGCCGGAACGACUAGGGCUGGGGAGGUUGAAAGUUGACGUCGUUUCCAGCGAGCUCGACCUUUUCAACAGUCUUAUUGAUUUGGUCAGGGCGCUAGACCCAGAGAUACUUGUGGGCUGGGAAAUUCACAACAGCUCGUGGGGCUACAUCAUCGAACGAGCACUUCGAGAGCUGGAUUUUGAGCUCAUUGCUGAGCUAGGUAGGGUCAACACCGGCUCGACUGGCAUCAAGGGCGACAAGUGGGGCUACACGCAAUCAUCGGCGAUGAGAGUGACGGGCAGACACCUGCUGAACAUUUGGAGACUGAUGCGUGGCGAAUUGACGCUUGGCCAGUACACGUUUGAGAACGUCGUCUUUCAAUUGUUGAGGAGGCGAACGCCUAGAUUUGACCAUGCGACUUUGACAAAGUGGUAUAGGUCUGGCGUGCCGCACUUGGUCAGAAAGACGCUGCUGUACUGGAUGGACAGAGUGGAGACGGAUCUGGAAAUCCUGGAAAAUUCGGAGCUCAUUUUCCGCACAGCAGAGUUUGCUCGCAUAUACGGCGUGGACUUUUUUUCCGUCAUCAGCAGGGGUAGUCAAUUCAAGGUGGAGUCGGUCAUGCUUCGCAUUGCGAAGCCCGAAAACUUUAUCCUUCCUAGUCCGAGUCAGCAGCAGGUGGGAGAACAAAAUGCGGCGGAGGAUCUUCCGCUCGUGAUGGAACCUCAAAGCGCCUUUUAUAAAGGGCCACUUGUCGUGCUAGACUUUCAAAGUCUUUAUCCUAGCAUCAUGAUAGCGUACAACAUCUGCUACUCGACGUGCUUGGGCAGAGUCAACAAGUUCAAAGACACUUGGAAGCUUGGCUUUACCGAGUAUGCACCACCCGACGGUCUGCUUUCGCUGCUCAUCGAGGAUUGCUUUGUGUCUCCUAAUGGACUGGUGUACGCCAAGCCACACUUGCGCAAGAGUCUACUUGCGAAGAUGCUGACCGAGAUCCUGGACACGCGCGUCAUGGUCAAAGGUAGUAUGAAGGGAUCCAAAGAUCGAGCAUUCAAGCGGCUCCAGAAUGCUCGGCAGCUGUCCCUCAAGCUCCUCGCCAACGUGACUUAUGGCUACACCAGCGCCACAUUCUCUGGGCGCAUGCCAUGUGUCGAGGUAGCGGACAGCAUCGUGCAGUACGGCCGAGAAACCCUGGAGAGGGCCAUCACUACCAUUCAUGCAACGGCAGAAUGGGGUGCCCAGGUGGUGUAUGGAGACACGGACAGUCUGUUCAUAUACCUUCCUGGGCGCAGCAAGGACGACGCGUUUCGUGUAGGAAACGCGAUGGCUGAGACCAUCUCUGCCGACAAUCCUGCUCCUGUCAAGCUCAAGUUUGAAAAGGUGAGCAUCAUCCCUGCCUCUGCACACCGCUGAAAGGUACUGACGUGGGCGAUUGAAAUGGCUUAGGUUUACCUGCCAUGCCUUCUCAUGGCAAAGAAACGCUACGUUGGCUUCAUGUAUGAGACGCCAGAUCAAGAAGAGCCUGCAUUCAACGCCAAGGGCAUCGAGACUGUCCGUCGGGAUGGUUUUCCAGCGCAGCAGAGAAUGGUCGAAGCUUGCAUUCGCAUCUUGUUCCGCACGCAGGAUCUGUCUCUUAUCAAAUCCUACUGUCAGAGACAGUGGAGAAAGAUCAUGGAAGGCCUGGUCCCCUUUCAAGACUUUAUCAUCGCGAAAGAGGUUCGGCUGGGCACAUACAGGUAA